UCCUCCUUUUUGGGUCAACGUUCAUCUUCUUCUUCAGAAAACCCAAACUCGUGGGUAUUAUUCAUCACUCUAGAAGUCUGAUUUCGAAAGCUCAAAUCAGCAAACUUUCUUCAUCAAAGUUGUUCGUCUGUUCGAAUACUAUAUCAUACCCAAACAUGAGCAUCAUCAGACGGGUCUAGCUACCUCGAACCGGCUAUGACAUUUCUGUGUUCAUCCAUGGCUGUUGACAACUAUGACAUACCCAAAAAUCAGAGCAAUCCAACUACUCUAGCUAUGUCUGUGAUGACAAUACUUCCUUCAUAGUGGUACACCUGAAACAAGCUUUUGUUAGUUUUCAAGUGUUGUUUGAGUUGGUUAUUUCUCUUUGGCAGCUUCACUCAGGAUUUCGGACCAAUAUUAAGUCUUUGUAGGUAGUUGUUGUUGUAUGGCGUUAGUGGUAUACUGAGCAUUUGGAUUGCGGAUAGUGCUAAUUUGCCGCUUACUCCAGGUGUGGAAUCGCUUGCAACAGUUUCAUUUGGUUUGAGAAUUUCCUUAGUCUCUGCCGGCUUUAUAUAAAAAGGCAACAGAAAAUGGAGGAGAUUGGUACUUCAAUUGCAUCUAAAAUUGUAGAAGAACCAGUGGCACUAAUUGGGAGACAACUCAGCUAUCUAAUUUACUAUGAUUCCAACAUAGAAAGUCUGAAGGAUGCACUUAAAAAGCUUGAUGACAAGAAAAAUGAUGUUCAAAGAUCUGUGGAUGCUGCAAAAAGGAAUGGUGCAACCAUCAAAGAUCAAGUUCAAAGUUGGCUGAAUGAUGUAAGCAACAUAUUUCGUGAAGCGGAAGAACUUCAAACCAAACUCAACAUGCAAAGGCGGUGCCCAAGUUUGAAAUCGCGGUAUUCUCUGAGUAGGAAAGCCAAGAAGAUUGCCGAGCGUGUACUUGAUCUCAAACUAGACGAAGAAUUGAGUAAUAAUGUUGCCAAUCCUUCACCUCUGCAACAGCUAGGGUCAAUAAUCUCUAGUGACGAUUUUCAGCAUUUUGAAUCCAGAAAAGCAGUCAUGAAUGAUGUGCUUAUAGCUUUGAGGAAUGAAAAGUCAAGAAUAAUUGGGAUAUGCGGGAUGGGAGGUGUGGGUAAAACCACAAUGGUGACAGAAAUCAGAGAAAUCAUCAAGAGAUUAGAAGGAACGGAUAAGCUAUUUGAUGAGGUUGUGCUGGCAACUGUAUCCGCAACUAUAGACAUUAAGACAAUUCAAACUAAAAUUGCAGAAUCAUUAGGCAUGAAAUUCAUCGAGGAAAGUGAAUCUAUAAGAGCACAAAGGCUAUAUGGGAGAAUCAAGCAGAAGAAAAUCCUAAUUAUAUUGGAUGAUGUAUGGUCAGAGCUUAAAUUACAGGAUGUAGGAAUCCCUUUUGGUGUUGGACCUACAACUAAUCAAGUUCAUGAAGGGUGCAAAAUUUUGUUGACAUCUCGAAAUGAAGAAGUUUGUAAAGUAAUGGGGUGUAAAAAAGAUGACAUUUUUAAAGUCCAAGCCUUAAAUAAAGAAGAAUCAUGGGAGCUUUUCAGGGCAACUGUAGGUGAAUCUAUGAACAAUGAUCCUGAUUUGUCUCAUGUUGCAAAAUUGAUUGUUGGUGAAUGCAAAGGUUUACCCAUUGCUAUCAUAACUGUUGGGAAAGCUCUUCUAUCAAGUAAUGGCAAGCAUGAAUGGAAUACUGCCUUGCAAGAACUAAAAAACUCUCUCCCUGAAAACAUCCCUGGAAUGGAACCUGAGGUUUAUUCUUGCAUAAAAUUGAGUUAUGAUAAAUUGGAUAGUGAUGAAGUCAAGUCAUGCUUUUUACUUUGUUGCUUAUUUCCAGAAGAUUAUGAUAUUCCGAUUGAGUAUUUGGUGAGGUAUGGGUCGGGUCGAGCAACUUUUAGAAACACCAACAUAAUCGAAGAUGUAAGAAACAAAGUGCAUUAUUUCGUUGGACAACUAAAAAGAAGGUAUUUGUUGCUGGAUAGUCACAAGGAAGAGUGUAUCAAAAUGCAUGACAUAGUUCGUGAUGUUGCUAUAUCAAUUGCCUCAAAAGAUCCUCACAGAUUUAUGGUAAGAUCAUUUGAUGCUGAAGGUGGAGGUGGAGGACGGCUAGGGGUACAAAAAGUUACAAACCAAGAACAUUGCAGUGCAAUUUCGUUAAUUGAUGUUAAAUUGGAUGAAAAUAUUACUGAUGGUUUGGAGUGCCCCAAACUUGAGCUUCUGCAACUGAAAAAUUCCUCAAGUAGUUCAGAAUAUUCCAACCACUUUAAAAGAAUGAAAGAACUCAAGGUUUUAUCUUUCUUAGAGGUGAAUAUGUCAAGCUAUUUGGCCUCGGAAAAAUCUCUACUGCUUGGAGAACCCAAGUACCUUCAUACCUUGUGUCUAGAGGAUUGCAAUUUGGGAGACAUAUCCCAUGUUAUUGGAGGAUUGGAGAAUUUGGAGAUCCUCAGCUUUGCCCGCUCUCAAAUCAAUAAGUUGCCUAGAGAAAUAGGACAUCUUCAUCGGUUAAGGAUGUUGGAUGCAACAGAUUGUGAAGGACUUGAAGAAAUUCCUCAUGGUGUCUUAUCCAACUUGAGGAGAUUAGAAGAGUUGUACAUGGCAGAAAGCUUUCUCAAUUGGGGGCCAGCAACAGAAACCAAGGAUGAAACGGGUAUGGCAAGCGUUGAUGAGGUGAUGUCUAUGUUUGAUCAUUUAAAUGUCGUAGCCAUAAAAAUCCCUGAUGUUCAGAUGUUGCGAAAUGAUGAGUUUAUUUUAAAAAGCCAGCCCACAAGAUUUCAUGUAUCUAUCAAUCUUUGUUGGUCAUUCAAAGAAGAGAGUUUCGAGAAUCGAAUGCCUGCGUAUCUGUUCGAAAAUAGUUUGAUGCUUCGUGGUGAUGUAAAGGAAUAUUUGGAGAUUGGAGCAGUUAGAUACUUCUUGAAGCAAUCUGAAGACUUAAGCCUACACUACACAUGCAAUUUAAAGUAUGUCAUCGAGUUAGAUGAUGAAGGGGGCUUUCAACACUUGAAAGUGUUAUCAAUCAUGGAUGACGACAACAUAGAGUAUCUUAUGAAUGGAACAGAUUGGACUCGUCGUCAUCAACCCGCCUUCCCCAUCUUAAAGUCAGUUACCUUCAAGAAUGUUUACGAACUAAAAGUUGUGUGUUGUGGCAAACUGCUAGACAAGCGCUCCUUUAUGAACCUAAGAUCCAUAGCAAUUAACAAUUGUGAUGAGUUAAAAUAUGUAUUUUCAGUAUCCAUAGCACAAAACUUGGUACAACUCCAAAGCUUAAAUGUUGAAAAUUGUGCUAAAGUGGAAGAUAUCAUAUCAAAGGAGAGAAUGGAAGAUGAUAAUGCAUCUCACAGGAUAAGUUUCCCAACGGUUUUGAAGAUUAUCAAAGCACCGAAGCUCCUUGGUUUCUACACGGGCAACCAACGCGACUCCACCUAUGAGGUCAUAAAGCCAAAUGAUGAAAGUGUGAACGCCUCUCAUUUGGACAAGAUGAAAGAGACUAAGAAUGACCAACAACAUGAUCAAGUUGCUGGGCGUUCAUCCAAAUCAAAAGUAGCACAAGUGGGAGCAAGUUGUACUGCACUAUUUCCUUCAAAUUGCAUUUCAUGGUUAACAAAUCUAGAGGAACUUGUAUUGGAGCGUUUGAACAAUGAACCAGUAGCCAAUGCGCUAUUUGAUUUAGAAGGGCAUGUCUCAGCAUUUUCUCAAUUACAAACAUUGAAUGCGGAUGGUUUAAAUGAGGUUGAGCAUUUGUGGAAGAACGUUCAGCCUGGAUUCCAAGGUUUUCAAAAUGUAAGAACUUUAACAAUUGAAGCUUGUAAGAGUAUGAAAUAUCUAUGCCCCUAUGAAAUUUACAGGCUCCUUGUGAAUCUCCAACAAGUCAUCAUAUACCAUUGUGAGAAUAUGGAAACUAUAGUACAGGCAGCUGCUUCCAUAGAGGACAAUAUCCAUGAAGAAGGGAAAUAG